AUGUUUGGAGCUUAUCCAAAGACAUAUCCCGAUGCUGCGCACCGUUUUCAAGGCGAAAUGGACCGAUCCCUUCAGAGCGCGCACUAUCAGAACCCCAUCAUGCGGAGAGUCAUCUUCACGCUCAAGGAGAGCUUUCCCAGGGUCACAGAAAACUUGAGUGUCUCUCCCGCUAACAACCCUGCAACAUUUGUUCGUCACGAACUAGGGCUCACAAGCGCAAACGCUGCGAUCGACAUCAGUAUUUGUCCAGCCUGCGGGGACUUGAGUUUGGCAUCCAGGAACACAGCUAUCCAGCCUGUUGUCUUUGUCUUGGGGGGUCACCUUCCCGCCGACCAGGUUAUCUACCCGACCAAAAAGAGCGUGGAGGAACAGGAAACUCUUUUUGCCGCAGAGCGUAAUGACGAUGAAUUUGAACUCUUGGCUGAACGGCUUGCCCGCUUUCGAGAGGCCGAGUUUACGCCCCUUAACCGCACCCCUGAAAUUUCCGGCCUCGAGAAGAGACUCGACGACAACGAGAAGAUGGCUCUUAGUACGUACCGGGAACUAAAAAGAGAGACCGAAUUGAUGGAACAGAAGCUCGACUCCAUCCACAAGAUGGUCAAGUCGCCCAAUAGAGAUAAUGGGAAGAGAGAGUUGGGGUGUAGAGAAGGCGACGCCGAACUCGCUUCCUCUGAAUUGAUCGCCCGCGACGUCAAGACCGAUGGCACACUCAACUAA